UUGGCUGGAGCGCUUUAAAAAAGGAGCGUGCGAGCGGAGAUGCUGCUGCACACAGCUCAGACCGCCUGCAGCAGCAGCAACGCUCACCGCCACUGCGGCGACUGCAGCGAGGGGGGCUCCCGAGGCUGGUGUGGCCACAGCGCGCGGCACGGUCCCUACGGAGCUACUACCCGGCACACGCCCGCCUGGCUGCAGACGCCCGCUGAGCUGCAGAAGCCACUGGGGUUGCAGACGCCCGGUGAACUGCAGAAGCCCGUGGAGAGGCGCCCGGAGCGUCUAGGUCUGCAUCAGCCCCGGCUCUGCCCUCUACAGGCUUCCGGCUCGCAGCUCUCAGCCUCGGGCACCAUGGACACCUCCCGCGUCCGCAGCAUGCUCCUGUCCUUGCCCGCGCUGCUGCAGCUGGUAGCCGCCGGCAGCCAGCCGAGGCCGGACACGAUGCCGCGGGGUUGCCCGUCACACUGUCAGUGUGACCUGGAUGGCAGGAUGCUGCUCAAGGUAGAUUGCUCGGACCUGGGGCUCACGGAGCUGCCCUCCAACCUCAGCGUCUUCACCUCGUACCUGGACCUCAGUAUGAACAACAUCAGUCAGCUGCCCCCGAGUCUCCUCCACAGCCUCCGCUUUCUAGAAGAGCUACGUCUCGCUGGAAAUGCUUUGAUGCACAUUCCCAAGGGAGCAUUCACAGGCCUUCACAGUCUUAAAGUUCUCAUGCUGCAGAACAAUCAGCUGAGACAGGUCCCCUCGGAAGCUCUGCAGAACCUGCGAAGUCUCCAAUCCCUACGUCUGGAUGCCAACCACAUCAGCUACGUGCCACCCAACUGUUUCAGCGGCCUGCACUCCCUGAGGCACCUGUGGCUCGAUGACAACGCACUGACGGAAGUCCCCGUCCAGGCUUUCAGAAGUUUGUCGGCGCUGCAAGCCAUGACCUUGGCCCUGAACAAAAUACACCACAUACCAGACCUGGCCUUUGGAAACCUGUCCAGUCUGGUAGUGCUGCAUCUCCAUAACAAUAGAAUCCACUCCCUGGGAAAGAAAUGCUUUGAUGGACUCCACAGCCUGGAGACUUUAGACUUAAAUUAUAAUAACCUCGAUGAAUUUCCCACUGCAAUCAAGACACUCUCCAACCUUAAAGAACUAGGAUUCCACAGCAACAACAUCAGGUCAAUACCUGAGAAAGCAUUCGUAGGCAACCCUUCUCUUAUCACAAUACAUUUCUAUGACAAUCCCAUCCAAUUUGUUGGAAUAUCUGCUUUUCAACAUUUACCUGAACUAAGAACACUGACUCUGAAUGGUGCCUCGCAAAUUACUGAAUUUCCUGACUUAACCGGAACUGGCAACCUAGAGAGUCUGACUUUAACUGGAGCAAAGAUCUCAUCUCUUCCCCAGACCGUCUGUGAUCAGUUACCUAAUCUCCAAGUGCUAGAUUUGUCUUACAACCUGCUUGAAGACUUACCCAGUUUGUCCGACUGCCAAAAACUUCAGAAAAUUGACCUGCGGCAUAACGAAAUCUAUGAAGUUAAAGGCGGCACUUUUGAGCAGCUGUUUAACCUCCGAUCUCUGAACUUGGCUUGGAAUAAAAUUGCCGUUAUUCACCCCAAUGCGUUUUCUACAUUGCCGUCUCUAAUAAAGCUGGACCUCUCCUCCAACCGCCUGACGUCUUUCCCUGUAACUGGGUUACAUGGUUUAACUCACUUAAAAUUAACAGGAAACCGUGCCUUGCAGAGCCUGAUACCAUCUGCAAACUUCCCAGAGCUCAAGAUUAUUGAAAUGCCGUAUGCUUACCAGUGUUGUGCAUUUGGAGCGUGUGAGAAUGUCUACAAAGUUUCUAAUCAGUGGAGUAAAGGUGGUAACAGCAGUGCGGAUGACCUUCCCAAGAAAGAUGCCGGGCUGUUGCAAGUUCCAGAUGAGCGGGACCUUGAAGAUUUCCUCCUUGACUUCGAGGAAGACCUGAAAGCUCUUCAUUCGGUGCAGUGUUCCCCUUCUCCAGGUCCUUUCAAGCCCUGUGACCAGCUGUUUGGGAGCUGGCUGAUCAGAAUCGGAGUGUGGACCAUAGCCGUGUUGGCGCUUUCCUGUAAUGCCUUGGUGACGUCAACAGUGUUCAGAACUACUCUGUACAUCUCUUCCAUAAAACUGUUAAUCGGGGUGAUUGCAGUGGUGAACAUGCUCAUGGGGGUCUCCAGUGCUGUACUGGCUGUUGUGGAUACGUUCACUUUUGGUAGUUUUGCCCAACACGGCGCGUGGUGGGAAGAUGGAAUUGGUUGCCAAAUCGUUGGCUUCUUGUCCAUUUUUGCUUCAGAAUCGUCUGUUUUCCUGCUCACUCUGGCAGCCCUGGAACGUGGUUUUUCUGUCAAAUGUUCUUCAAAGUUUGAAAUGAAAACACCCCUGUCUAGCCUAAAGGUGAUCAUUUUGCUGUGUGUCCUGUUGGCCCUGACCAUCGCCACCGUCCCCUUGCUGGGUGGCAGUAAGUACAAUGCCUCGCCGCUCUGCCUGCCCUUGCCGUUUGGGGAGCCCAGCACCACGGGCUACAUGGUGGCUCUCGUCUUACUCAACUCCCUCUGCUUCCUCAUAAUGACCAUUGCCUAUACCAAGCUCUGCUGCAAUCUCGAGAAAGGAGACCUGGAGAAUCUCUGGGACUGUUCUAUGGUGAAGCACAUUGCCUUGCUGCUCUUCACGGACUGUGUCCUUUACUGCCCCGUGGCUUUCUUAUCCUUCUCCUCUUUGCUAAACCUCACAUUUAUCAGUCCGGAGGUAAUUAAGUUUAUCCUUCUGGUGAUUGUCCCGCUUCCUGCCUGUCUCAAUCCCCUUCUCUACAUCGUCUUCAAUCCCCAUUUUAAGGAGGAUAUGGGCAGUCUAGGAAAGCAAAUCCAUUUCUGGACGAGAUCGAAACACCCAAGUCUGCUGUCCGUGAACUCCGACGAUGUUGAAAAACGGUCGUGUGACUCAACCCAAGCCUUGGUAGCCUUUACGCAUGCCAGCAUAGCCUAUGACUUGCCUUCCAAUUCUGGGUCAUCGCCAGCUUACCCAAUGACGGAAAGCUGUCAUCUUUCUUCAGUAGCCUUUGUCCCAUGCCUCUAGGUGACACUGGAGAGGAUUGUUUUCCAAAGUGGCAAACCUGCAAGAAGAUUUAUAGCAGAAGAGUAGCUAAGAAGAGUCGAGCUGAAACCUGGCUUACACACAAGUAGACGUCUAUAAGUUAGUAUGGAAAAGCUAAUCACCUUACUGAUACUGGAGAGUGAGGUAUAAGUCUAAACACUGCUUGUAUAAUUUGUUCAGCUAUUCAUCACGUUACUUAGAUGAGCCUAGAUCUGAAAAGCAGACAAAAAUGCUCUUCAAAAAAACCAAGUCUCUAGUUUUUAUUGUAUUCUCUUCACACUCACCAGCAUAAACCACUGGUAGUGGGGGAUUCCAUUGCAUUGGAUGAUGCAAUGGGUAUGUUAAAAUUGACAAAUUCAUUAGAAGAAGGUUAAUAUUAUAAG